AGAGACGAUAAUCUCAGUACUCAGUAGCGCGCAUGGUCAUUUAACGUCUUUGGAUUAAGGGUGGGUCUGUUCUUUUGCAGGAGGGGUCGUGUAAAUGAAUCUAAAUAUAACAAACAAAAAAUAUUGUAAUAUCCACACAAAGAUUUUGCUUAUGCAUUUUACUUGUGAAGAUUAAUAUUGUGGGUAAAAGUGUUGAUAUUAUAUUCUUGUGUUCGAUGCUUAUUGACAGCGUAACGGUGACGAAAACUUCUUGGUGGAUGGAGUUCUCUACGAUUCGUUCUAUCUUUCCCUAAUUUCCAGGUCCCCCCCUCGACCCGAUUCCCCAUAAAGAUUCAAUCCCCUAUACAUUCUAGUCGCUCCCGUUCAUGGCUGCGUGCCGGGGUGGGGGAAAACAAGCUGUAUAACGACGUAAAAUUCGAAGCUUGUAUGCAGGAAUAUGUCAAGUUUAAAAAUCGUGUUGGUAAUGCACUUGCUUGCCCUACCCUUGAGAACGAUGGACUCUGAGCAAAGAAAUCAGCAGGUAUAUCAACACUAAACAAAAAGCUAAAGAAUGAAUGCCUGCUGCACUCACGCUGCCGACACAGAACAAGCAGAUUUAACAUUUAUGCAAAUAGUGUGUGAGUAGCAUACUCACGCCACACUCAGACGUAUAUAUCCAUUUUCGCACAUGGCAGCCAUGAAGCAUGGCAAGACAAGUCAAGACGACGUAUGCUAUGUUGUCGCCAAAUACGACUAUGGAGCACAAGGUGCUCAGGAGUUAGAUUUACGGAAAAAUGAACGGUACUUGCUUCUUGAUGAUUCAAAACACUGGUGGAGAGUACAAAGUGCAAGAGGACAAGCUGGCUAUGUGCCAAGUAACUAUGUCAAGAAAGAAAAGCCAUCUCUUUUUGACAGUAUUAAAAAGAAAGUCAAAAAGGGCUCUGGCUCAAAAACUCUACCAUCCAGUAAUUCACCAUCCAGAGCCGUAGAAUCUCCUAUUAUGGCUAGGCGUUUACCUGCUGAUCCAAGUGAAGCAAUAGGUACAGCAGUUGUCAAGUACAAUUACCAAGCACAACAAGCAGAUGAAUUGUCACUCGUCAAAGGCACUAGAAUCUUAAUAUUAGAAAAAAGUAAUGAUGGUUGGUGGAGGGGUCAAAGUGGUACACAAGCAGGAUGGUUUCCAUCAAAUUAUACUCAUGAAGAAGGAGAUGCAGAUGAUACUCUUCAUACGUAUGCAAUGGCAGAAAAUGUUCUUGAUAUUGUUGUUGCGCUUUAUUCAUUUUCUUCCAACAAUGAUCAAGAAUUAUCUUUUGAGAAAGGUGAUCGUUUGGAAAUCCUUGACCGUCCACCAGCAGAUCCUGAAUGGUAUAAAGCACGAAACAGUCAAGGUCAAAUAGGUCUAGUGCCACGUAAUUAUCUUCAAGAAUUGAGUGAAUAUUUGACACAACCAUAUCGUGAGAGAGGAAUGACAAGUAGUGAGAUUAGUACAGGAGACUCCCUUGAAAGAAGGCCAGAUCCUGGUGACAGACCACAUCUUGUUGGAAAACCUUGGUACUAUGGUAGCAUUUCACGUUCGCAAUGUGACACGUUAUUGAAUCAACAUGGUCAUGAUGGUGAUUUUUUAAUUAGAGAUAGUGAAACUAAUGUGGGAGAUUAUUCAGUAUCUUUAAAAGCUCCAGGACGUAACAAACACUUUAGGGUACAUGUGGAAGGAGCAUUAUAUUGUAUUGGUCAAAGAAAAUUCCAUACACUAGACCAAUUAGUAGACCAUUAUCAACGAGCGCCUAUUUAUACUAACAAGCAGGGUGAGAAAUUGUAUUUGGUGCGCCCAUUGCCAAAAGGCAACCCCAGUAGUAAUGGUUGCUAGGUAAAUUCGUGCCAUGAAAAAGCGGUCCAUGCGCUUUCUAAUGUAUCUUUAAGAUACGCAAUGCCUGCCUAGUAAUAUCAAUAUUACACAUCUCGUAUGUUUAUACAUAACAAUUAAUAUAAUUGGUGAACUCGUAUAUUAGUGUUUCUUGAUUGUUUGUCCAUUUACACUGAUAAAUAAUUUAUUACUCUAAGUAAUUACCACCAACAGUUCUUAUCAUUCAUUGGAGCUUCCAUACUAUUUAGCAAACAAAGCUAAGAGAAACGAAACAUUUGUACGGCAGCUAUAUGACAAUUGACUAGUUGAUACAAGGCUUCUCUUUAUAUCCAUAUGUAAUUGUAAAACACGACCGAUCAUGUUAUUACAAUUAAUAAUAUAUUUACAACUACACGUAAUGUAGACUGCAAAUAUAAUGAUCAAAUAACGGUUAAUUAUCAUGCAACUAUGACCGGUUAAGUGGAUCUCUACUCUGAAUCUAUUGGUAUUGAAUUAUGACAAAGACUAAGUGUUCAUUUGUGAUUUUGUAUUUAUUAGAAAUUUUUAAGUAAAUAAACUAUAUUUAAGUGUGCAUCAGGUAAAA